CUGGGGAGGGAUGGUGGGAGGAGAAAGCUAGCUAGCUAUCGCUAGAUAGCAUAGCAGAGAAUGUUAGCUUCUGUGCACUGAGUUAAUUUCCCGUGCUGUCAAACUAUUCAUGACACGCUGAAGAAAAUAUCUCUCUGAAUCAACUGUGUUUUUAUUUGCCAUUCUGCGUUGUAUUUGCGAGCCAAUGGCUCGUCUCUCACUGUAGAAUAUUUUGGAAAUUACUUGAGAUGUUAUAAAAACGGGGACGGAUUUCCGCGAUGCACAUUUCCUGUUUCCUAGCAACAAGAGCAGGAAGUGUGUGGAAUGGGAUGGAAAAAGACAAUUGAGCAUAGAACGGGGACAUUGAUAGCAACUCGUCCCGAAAGAACAAUGGAACGUGAUACACAAAUAAUUUAACUUUGGACUUAAUAUAUGCUGAUUUUCUCCUUAAAUUGUUUUUCCCUCUGGUGCCUGCACCCGUGUUUCAAACGGUUUUCCCGUGGAGCGGAUGUGAAUGACUGACCUCAUACCUCUUGCAUGUCGCCCUCCCUGUAGGGACAUACUGAAAGUUACUGUAGUAGACCUGCGAAUAUGGAUAUUUUUGUUCUCUAAAGUGUUAACCACCAUACUCUGCGAAUGAAUCCUGCUGGCAGCACCAGCACAGCUUCAGAUCAUCUGUAAUGGCUGUGCAAGAGCCAGUACGGACCAAAGGCUUUUUAUGCAAGCACUGUGGUAUCGUGUGCUCGAACAUGCCCAGUCUUUUGGAACACAUGGAUACCCACCUGGAGUCGGAGGAAGACCGCAAGUUCAAGUGUGACGAAUGUGGGAGAGGCUACAGGCAUGCAGGCAGCUUGGCCAACCACAAGAAAACGCACGAGGUGGGCUCUUUUCAGUGCCCUAUAUGCGCCAGGCAGCUGUCAAAUAGCUUGGCCCUUAAGAACCACCUGCGCAUCCACACCUCUCGCAAGAAGUACUCCUGCAUGGACUGUGGGAAGGCAUUUAGACUGGCAACCCAGUUGGCCACUCAUCAAAGGGUCCAUCGCAAUCGAGAGGCCAGAGGGUCAAGAAGCCGAAGGGGCAGCACCGAACAUGGCCAGGCCAGCAGCCAUGAGGACCACGAUGAGAUGCAUUACAAGGAUGAGCAGAGUUUUGAUGUAGUUCCUGAUCUAGAGCCUGACAUGGGCCUAAACCUGCCUGUGGAGGAUAGCUUCAGUGACAGCGGCAUGCCAGACAUCCUCCCCGGCUCCGCCUCAAGCGACAAGGGAGCUUCUGAAGACGCCAGCGACCGUCCUUACAAGUGCAACAUGUGCGACAAGACCUAUAGACACUACGGAAGCCUGAACAACCACAAGAAAACCCACACAGUGGGCACGUUCGAGUGCACCAUCUGCUUCAAACAGUUCAACAACCUCGCCGCCCUCAGCAGCCACCAGCGCAUCCACAGCAAGACCAGGGGACGUUCCAGCGCUGGGGCCACCCCUCCCACUGCUGCCUCAACCCCCACCAGCGCCGGUGUCGCCACCACCCAUCCUGAGAGGAAGCAGGAGCAGGCUGCGGGCUCGCAGCAGAACGGCAACGCGGCGGCCGACGUGCAUUUCUGCCACCUCUGCCAAACGGCGUUCCCCAAUGACGACGAGUUCCAGGACCACAUUCUGUUGCACAACUCCUCCUCCGUGUCCUUCGAGCUGCCCGUGAACAUGCCUGACGAUGGCGACUUCACUUACAGUGCCAGUCAGUCGCCGGAGUACCCUCCAUCCAGCGACACCCCACCCAUGCCUCCCCUGCUGGACAAACAGGAGGACUACGGGCAGCCGGUGGGCUCGGCUGAAAACGGCCAGAUCUACAUCCCCGACCCGUUCCAGGACGAGCCGCCCAUGCUGAACUCUCAGGGUACUCACGGUCUCGACGGAACGGCAGUGGCCCCGGCGUCGGAGGACCUCCAGGAGGACCUGUCGGCCAACCAUCAGGUGAAGGAGGAGGAGGAGUCGUCGCCGGACGGGGACCGGCGCUUCAAGUGCAACGUCUGCAACAAGAGCUACCGGCACGCGGGCAGCCUCAUCAACCACAAGCGCUCGCACCAGACGGGCGUCUACCAGUGCUCCAUCUGCCGGAAGAACUACCCGCACUUGGCCGCCCUUCGCAGCCACCACCGCAUCCACCGCGCCCAGACCUCCACCUUGAGCCACAGCGCCGAGGGCGACUGGCUCUCGUCCGAGCCCCAGACGCUGGAGAACCAGCAGGGCGGCUACCCGCUCUCGGAGGAGGACGAGGAGGACAUCGGCGACGUGCUGGACCUCCCUGAAGACCUGCAGGACGAGCCCCACCUGCUGCCCGAGCACCAGGCCACGGACGGCCAACCCCACCACCACCACCAUCACCAGGGCCACCAGGACGAGCCCAUGGGCUACCAAGAGCAGUACGACUUGCCCUACCCCCAGGAGGAGGAAGCCGCACACCUACCUCACGGCGGUGAGCCCCUCAUGGAGAGGCACAUGUGCGCUGACUGCGGGAAGACGUUUGGCGACAUCGCAGGCAUCAAGUCACAUGCAUGCCCCCUCCACCACCACCGGCAGCAGCAACAGCAGCAGCAGCAGCAUGGCGCCCUCACCAACGGCUCGGGCAGCCACGUGGAUUACCAGGGGCAGCACCUUAUCGGCGAGUCCGGCGCUCCUGUCGGCUACGAGGGGCACGGCUCGGCGCAGGGCUACUACCCCGAGCAGCACGGCUACCACCAAAACAUGCACGGCGGGAUGAUGGGCGACGAGCGCGGCCAUGGCUUCGACGGCGACAUGGAGGAGCACGGCGGCGAGGACGAAGACGACGAGUACGAUGGCGGCGAGGAGGAGGAGGAGGACGGCGAGAUGUAUCACUGCUCGGUGUGCGGCAACCACUACACCAGCAUGCGGGCGCUGCGAAGCCACCUGCGCGGGCACACGCAGCUCCACGGCACGCCGUCCAGCUCGGGCCCGUCGUCCAUGUCCUCGCUGGAGGCCGAGAAGGAGGAGGACGGCGGCGGUGGUGAGAACCAGCCGGGCGACGGCAGCCUCAUCAUCUGCAGCACGUGCGGCGAGAGCUUCACCAGGAAGCAGGACCUCAUGGCCCACCAGCUGCUGCACACCCAGGCAACGGCGUCGUCGUCGUCCGCGGAGCCGCCGCCGCCACAGCUGCUGCCGCCACCGCCACCACUGCAGCCGCCACCCCAGCGUUACGGCGCCGGCCAGGACAACCCACCGGCGCCCAAACAAGAACCGGCGAGCAUCAUCUGCGGCAAGUGCGGCGUCUCCUGCGUCAGCUUCCAGCAUCUGGAGAGCCACCCGUGCCCGGGCCAGCGACGAGAGGGCGUCGGCGACGGGGUGAAGAGCGAGGGCAAACCGGACGGCGAGCCGUCGCUGGGCAGGAGCGCCGUGGGACACCUGGACGAGAGCCAAGGAGGCGAUCGCCUCUUUAAGUGUGAACAGUGCGGACGAGCCUACAGGCACGCGGGCUCCCUCCUCAACCACAAGAAGUCCCACAAGACGGGGGUGUUUCGUUGCUAUGUGUGCCAGAAACGCUUCUACAACCUGCUGGCCCUCAAGAGCCAUGAGAGGACUCACUUUGAUAUCAAAAAGCACACCUGCACAGAGUGUGGCAAAGCUUUCAAGAUCCACAAGCAGCUGCAGAACCACUUGCGAGUGCACGAGGAGAACAAGGCCAAGAUCCAGGAGCUCAACAAGCAGAUCCAGACGCUGAUGCAGAUGAAUGGCGAGCUGGCCCAGAACGGCCUGCGCCUGCGCAAGGCCCAGAGACGCAAGCGGCGCCAGGCCCCGUCCACCGAUGGAGGAGGCGCUGGAGCUGGCCCCAGCCCGGAGAAGGACAGCCAGGGGGCAGCGGCGGUGCAGUCCCCCCCGCCGGGGAUCCAGGACCCCAACGACCCGCGGCCGUACGUCUGCAACCAGUGCGGCCGCAGCUACCGGCACGCCGGCAGCCUGGUGAACCACAAGAACUCGCACAAGACGGGCGAGUACCACUGCUCCAUCUGCAACAACACCUACUCCAACCAGCUGGCCAUGAAGAACCACCUGCGCAUCCACUUUGGCCUGAAGAAGCACGGUUGCCAGGCGUGCGGGAAAGCCUUCCGCGGCAAGAAGCAGCUGCUCAACCACCGCUGCGCCGCCAACCGCAAGAACGCCGACGGCCCGGCGCGGGGCAGAGGACGCCGGCGACCCCGCGAGCCCACGUGCAAGAGCUGCCGGCAGACGUUCCCCUCCGUCGAGGAGCUCCGGGCGCACGCCUGCGCGGCACCGCCAACGGCGGCCGUUGUCGACGCCGCGGGCAGGUCCGGCGGCGGAGGCGCCGUGCCCCGCGAGGAGCGGCCCUACAAGUGCGGCGUCUGCGGCCGCAGCUACCGGCACGCCGGCUCGCUGCUCAACCACAAGAACACGCACAAGACGGGCCACUUCAGCUGCGCCUUCUGCGGCAAGCCCUUCUCCAACCCCAUGGCGCUGCGCAACCACACGCGCAUCCACACGCAGAAGAAGAAGCACGUGUGCCCCACCUGCGGCAAGGCCUUCCGCCUCUCCAGCAUCCUGCACAACCACCUGAAGAUCCACGCCCGCGGCGUCUCCACCUUCAGCUGCCCCACCUGCGGCAAGACCUUCCAGGGCCGUUCGGGCCUUAAGAGGCACCGCUGCGUGAGCGGAGGCGGCAGCAGCGGCAGCAGCGGUGGGGCCAGUGGUGGACGAGACCCCCGCAGGGCAGCCAGCGGCCAAGAAGGAGGCGACAAGUGCUACACGUGUGACCAGUGCGGCCGCUCUUACCGGCAUGCGGGCUCGCUGCUGAACCACAAGAAGACGCACUCGUCGGACCUGCUGCACUGCUCGCUGUGCCUGCGCACGUUCGCCGACCAGCUAGCGCUGGAGAGCCACGCGCAGAUGCCGCGCCACUGCUGCCCCGACUGCGGCAAGACCUUCUGCGAGUUCGCCCACAUGCAGAGCCACAUGGAGGUGCACAGCAAGGGCCGCCCGCUGCCCGGUGGAGGGGCAGUGGCAGCGUCGGGGUCGGGGUACCACCUCCACCACCCCCACUCCCACCACCAGCAGCAACUCCACCCGCACCACCCUCACCAUCAGCAGCAGCAGCAGCAGCAGCACCACCACCCAGGUCAGGCCCAGCACGCGUACCCUGCCCCCGAGAACAUGCCCAUUGAGGACGAGCUGGACUGGAACUCGGGGAUGGACCCGCGGAUGGGGCUUCAAGGCGGCCUGCCCAAGAUGGACCAGGUGUUCGGUCAGGUCCACGGUGGCGGCGGUGGCGGCGGCGGCGGCAUGAGCAGCGGCGGCAGCAGCGUCGGCGGCUACCCCGGCGAGCUCCAGGAGCACGGCGAGGCCGGCGCCGAGUCGGAGAAGAGCCACGUGUGCGAGCACUGCGGCCGCGCCUACCGGCACGCCGGCUCCCUCCUCAACCACAAGAACAGCCACAAGAUGGGCUCCUUCUUCUGCUCCGUCUGCCAGAAGGAGUUCACCAACCUCAUGGCGCUCAAGAACCACCGGCGCAUCCACACGGAGCCCAAGCGCUACCAGUGCCUGGAGUGCGGCAAGGCCUUCCGCGUCUCCACGCAGCUCAUCUGCCACCGCCGCAUCCACACCAAAGAGAAGCCCUUCUCCUGCCUGCUGUGCGACAAGCGCUUCUCCAGCAAGUCCAACCUGCGCCACCACCAGAAGAUGCACCAGAACUCGCAGGCCUCCUAUGAGGCCUCCUUCGACAUGGACCCCAACUCCUUCAUGGGACUGGGUGUGGACCCUUUCCUCUGAGCUAAGGCAGCCCUGCGUUUAUUUUUUUUGGGGGGGGGGGUUGUGUCUUUUAGUCUUGACUGUACACUCUGUGCUCCAAGGGAAGAUGUAUAUCUAUAUAUGAAAAAAAGGUAAUGCUAGUCAGCAGAUUGCCCCCACCCCCCCUUCCUCUAACCUCCCUCAGCUCUACUGUUAAACAGGCUGAUGCCAAUAAUUGUAAAUCAGGUUAGUCUGCUGGUCCUUCUCGAGCGGCGUUCAGGUGCCCCCAUCCCCCCAGCCCUCUAGAUGCCUCUUCCCAGAGUGACUUCUCUGGUGGUCAGGCAGUGCAGGCUUUUCAUUAGGUGCAGUCAGGCGUAGCCCCCCAUUAGACUACCUCUGGUAGGGACAAUGACACUGUAAAAAGCUCCAGAAAUCACGAUGACGGUGCCUGACUGACUCGACUCACAGACUGUUUCUUUUGUUUUUGAGUUUGAAUGUGUCUCUUUUAUUUCCGUUGUGUUCCUAUUUUCUUUUAUAUUUUUAAGGAGUGCACAUCCUUAUGAAUUUAAUGGUACUAUCUGAAACCCUCUUAAUGUAGUCUGGGGGGACAAACGGUCUCAAGACUUAUUGUUCCCUCUUACGUUAAACCCCCUUUUACCCCCUAACCACCACCCAUGCUGCCUCCAGACGUAGAGUCCGACCGAUGCGAUCGCUCGUGAGAACCAAACGACCUCGAUGGGAGCGAGCGGCAGACAACCACAGCCUGGCCAGUUGAUCUGGUGACGGGUUUCGAGGGAAAAAAAAUGUCAAAGGUGCUUUCACGCUCAGGGGCGUGGUGGCACAGGAAUACCGCGGGGCUAUCCCGUUAAUCCCCGAGGAAUGUGCGAGACGACCCCCCCCUCCCCCCAGGAGGCCUUCAGUUUAGCACUUUAAGUGCUGAUAGGCCCAUCAAGGAGAGAAGGUACAGCGUUAUUCGACCAUUAGUAUGUCACUCACGGGGAACUCCCGUUUGCCCAGUGCUUCCUUUUAGCUUCAGGUCCGUGUGUUAUUCAUCCUAGCCUGUCCUUUCUUUUCGUUUUUUUGUUUUCUUUUCCUAAAGAAGAUAUAUAUAUGUAUAGAUAUAUGAGUAACAAACUCCCGUUAGCCCUGGCUGUGAGUGCAGAAUGACCGGUGUCUCCGCAGUCUCGUUGUGGGCAGCGCUGUUGAUGUGCGGUCAGACAGCAGGAAGUUUCACGUGUGUCCCCCAACCUUCCAUCCUUCCCGAGCGUUACCUUCGAGAUACAAGAUAUCAAGUGUAUUUAUUUAUUUAAGAAAGACUAUUUAUACCCCACCUUUUAAUGUUUUGUAAGACUAUAUCAAGAGUCUCAGCUCUGAGCAUUUUUAACUCUGGUAUUCCACGUGCAUGUUUCGGAUGUGCUCUUAAGUCCACUUCGGAUUGAUUGUAAAUGAAAAUCAUGACGCCUUGGUAGUCUAGAGAACGGCUAAGUCCCAACUAAAUACACAUCUCUCAGAACAUUUCAGAUUGGUGUCUUUUUGCAAUAAUAUUAGUAUAAUGAUAAUGAUUAAUAAUAACAAUAAUGGUAUUGUUAAGUAUUUUUCCCACAGUGCGUAUUUUAAAAAGACUCUGUUGUACUAUAUCACUGUUCUUUUUUUUUUUUUUUUUAUUUAAUCUUGUGCAAGUAUUUUCUUUUUCUUCACAAAAACUAUUACUGUCACGCACAAGAUGAAAAAUAUGUAUGUAUCUUCAAGUGUUUGUGACGACCUCACAGUUGUCUGUGGUGGUGUUGUGCUUUAGACAUCCAUGAUCGGUCGGGCUCUAUCAUUAGCAGGACGCCAAUGGAAGAGGGGACUUGUAAUUUCAAUACUGCUCAGGUUUCACACCUUAUUAAGGAGAAAAAAAACAUAACAUAAAAUGUAAACAUUGUAUUUGGUUAUAUAAGUAUAUAUAAAUAUAUAUAUAAACAAGACUUCUGUUCGGUUCUCACCCGAGACGCACAAAGCAUCAUGUGACAGAUUCUGCGAAAGAUGGUGACGCCAGGCUGCAUUUCUUACAUGUGCCAUUUCCUACCAUUGUACUCAGAUUAAAGUUGCUAUUAAUAGUUUCCAUUCUAUGCCUAUAUUCAUGUGCUUACUGAUUUUAUUUAAGAAUAGGAGUUCUGCCCUAUGUGUAUCAAUGGCUUCAAGUGCAUUUCAAACUCCAAUAUAAAAAAAACUGACUUCUGAAAUGUUAAUUGAGACCUCUUCUUCUCUCUAUCUCUGCAAUCAGUUGCAUAUAUCUAAGAAAAUAUACAAAAUAUUUAUUUUUGUUCUUUUGUUGAUCAAUGUUUUCUCUUUCUUGAGUAGAGGACUUGCAAAUAAUGUUUAUUUGUAGACGGUCAUGCCCUCACUUUCUUGAAAUAAAAUAAACACAAGUGUAAAGACCA